UCCGGUAAUCCUCUCACUGCAGUUCACUACCACCAAGUCGCGAGAAAGAGAAUGAGGCAGAGCUAGAGAGAGAGAGACAGACAGAUACAGUGAGACAGAGAAGAUGAAGCAAACGACAAAGUUGAACGUGAUUAGGUCAGGGAUAGUGGUGAUAGGAGCCUUAGCCUUUGGAUACCUAAACUUCCAACUUGGGUUCAAACCCUUUCUUGAACAAGCUCAAGAAACCCUCCAAAAAUCUGACUCUGACCCCUCCCAACAAAACUAAACCACAAUCUUAGCUCUCUUUUGCAUUUCUUUCUUUUCCUUUUUUUGAAAAAUAAAUUUGGGGUUCUUUUUCUUAUACUCUGUGUUGUUCUGAGCUACAGUCUGUUUGGAUUAAGAUACAAGUAGAGAAAAAAAAAAGAUGGAUUGGCAAGAUAAUUUGGAAGAUGAUGAAGACGAAAAUUGGGUCUCAAAUUGGGAUCAGAGGAGACGAAUGGCUGUGGCUCAAGUUCUUUGUUAUGUGACAUACGCAAUGUAUGUGCGUCAUGUAUAUUAUGAUAGGCACCUUGUUGAUCAGUAUGCAACAUCUUUGAACAAUAAAAAACGAAAGGCUCCAGGGGAUGAUGUGUGUACGAGAGAGUUUGAAGGUAUAAGGGACGCAAUUAAAGAUGUUGCAGAAGCAAUUAGGGAGGGAAAUGAUAUUAUAAAGAGAGGUCAAUCUCUUGUUUACUCGGAGGAAGAAGUUUUUGCAGAGUUGGUGAACAUGGGUUGUGACAAGAACUUACGGUACAAGGCCUACACUUUCCUGACUCAAGAUGCUGCAAGAGUUAGGGCAUUCUUUGGUUGCCCAACUGAUGAGCGCAAGGAUUUUUUGCUACAGAUGAUGUUCUCUCCCCAGGAUCUUUGAUGAGCUUGUGUUAUGGUUGAUGGGACAAGUUGGAAUUUCUGUGUGAUGUUAUAUAGUUGUUUAAUUUUUGGAUGGUUGGGUCUCAGUUUUCUUCUUCUGUGUUUGGGUUGGGGAGAGGUGGGGAGGGGAGUGGAGAUGAGAUGACUUUGAAUGUUAUGGUUUGGAAUGGAUGAUUUGCGUUUCAUUCUAUUUGCUUUUCUUUUUGAUCUUCAACAAUGACUAUGGAACUCAGUUUAGUCUCAACAUGGUUGUGGCUUUGAAACUCACUGCCUAGGCUUGCCCCACCCCCCCCCACCUCUGCCCCUCUCUUUGAGGUGGGGACAGAAAUUGUUGCUUAUUGUUUUACCUGUCCAUUAAAAAUUGUCAAUGUCAUAAAAUGUUCUUUUUGUAUGUAAUCUAACCUUUCUAGAAAUGCUUCAUAUAAGUGAAGACAAUUUCAAGUUGCGUUA